CUUUUUCCUCUAUUCUUCAGUGGUUCCUGGGCACCUGGACAUUUGAGAACUGCUGCUCUCCAGUGAGGGAAGACACAGCAAACCCAGCUGCGGGGAAGAGCUGCAAGCGAGGUUCCAGUCCUAACCUUCCUGCUCUGCUCUUCGAAUCCUGAGUUCAGUCUUUGGAACUUUGCCCAGACCAAGCGAGGUCACGAUGGCCUCAGUGUUUCGCAGCGAGGAGAUGUGUCUGUCACAGCUGUUUCUGCAGGUGGAGGCUGCCUACUGCUGUGUCGCUGAGCUUGGAGAGCUGGGGUUGGUUCAGUUCAAAGAUUUAAAUGUGAACAUGAACAGCUUCCAAAGGAAAUUCGUGAAUGAAGUCAGAAGGUGUGAGUCAAUGGAGAGGAUCCUCCGUUUUCUGGAAGACGAGAUAAAAAAUGAGAUUGAGGUUCACUUGCUGGAGAAGUCCCCACCGACCCCUGUCCCGCGGGAAAUGAUUUCCCUGGAGACUGUUCUAGAAAAACUGGAAAGAGAGUUACAGGAAGCCAACCAGAACCAUCAGGCAUUGAAGAAAAGCUUCCUAGAACUGACUGAACUCAAAUAUCUCCUGAAGAAAACCCAGGACUUUUUUGAGACAGAAACCAAUUUACCGGAUGAUUUCUUCACUGAAGACACUUCCGGCCUCCUGGAGUUGAGAACUAUGCCUGCGUACAUGGCCGGAAAGCUGGGGUUCACGGCUGGAGUGAUCAACAGGGAGCGGAUGGCUUCCUUUGAGAAGCUGCUGUGGCGAGUUUGCCGGGGGAACAUCUACUUGAAGUUCAGUGAGAUGGACACGGUCCUGGAGGACCCGGUCACAAAAGAAGAAAUCAAAAAGAACAUGUUCAUCAUAUUUUACCAAGGAGAGCAGCUCAGGCAGAAGACCAGGAAGAUCUGCGAGGGGUUUCGAGCCACCAUUUACCCCUGCCCAGAGGCUGCGGCGGAGCGCAGAGAGAUGCUGGCUGGCGUCAACACGAGGCUGGAAGACCUCGCCACCGUGAUAACCCAGACGGAGGCUCACCGUCAGAGCCUCCUGCAGGAAGCAGCCGCCAGCCUGCACUCCUGGGUCGUCAGGGUGCGCAAGAUGAAGGCCAUUUAUCACACCCUGAACAUGUGCAACAUCGACGUCACCCAGCAGUGCGUCAUCGCUGAGAUCUGGUUCCCGGUGGCCGACGCCGGGCGCAUCAAGAAGGCGCUGGAGCAGGGCAUGGAACUGAGUGGCUCCUCCAUGGCCCCCAUCUUGACAGCGGUGCAGUCUAAAACGGCUCCUCCCACGUUUAACAGGACCAAUAAAUUCACAGCUGGCUUCCAGAACAUUGUAGACGCAUAUGGCGUUGGCAAUUACCGGGAGCUAAACCCAGCUCCCUACACCAUCAUCACGUUCCCCUUCCUGUUCGCCGUGAUGUUUGGAGACUGUGGUCACGGGACUGUGAUGCUCCUGGCUGCCCUUUGGAUGGUCCUGAACGAGAGACGCUUACUUGCCCAGAAGACGGACAAUGAGAUCUGGAACACCUUCUUCCACGGGCGCUAUCUCAUCCUCCUCAUGGGCAUCUUCUCCAUCUACACCGGCUUCAUUUACAACGACUGCUUCUCCAAGGCUUUCAACAUCUUCGGCUCUUCCUGGAGCGUCCAGCCCAUGUUCAGAAACGGCACGUGGAAUAUGGAAAUGAUGGAAACGAACCCACUUUUACAGCUGAACCCCGCCGUUCCAGGAGUGUACUCUGGGAACCCAUACCCCUUUGGGAUUGAUCCGAUUUGGAACUUGGCUUCAAACAAGCUGACCUUCUUGAACUCCUAUAAAAUGAAGAUGUCGGUGAUCCUGGGAAUUGUCCAGAUGACGUUUGGCGUCAUUCUCAGCCUCUUCAAUCACAUAUACUUCAGAAAAACGCUCAACAUCCUUCUGCAAUUCAUUCCGGAGAUGAUUUUUAUGCUGUGUCUGUUUGGGUACCUGGUUUUCAUGAUCAUUUUCAAAUGGUGCUACUUCGACGUCCACACGUCCCGGAAGGCCCCGAGCAUCCUCAUCCACUUCAUCAACAUGUUCAUGUUCAACUACAAGGACUCCUCGAACGCACCCCUGUACCAGCAUCAGCAAGAAGUCCAAAGUUUCUUUGUUGUCAUGGCUUUGAUUUCCAUACCGUGGAUGCUUCUGAUCAAGCCGUUCAUUCUUAGAGCCAAUCAUCGGAAAUCCCAGCUGCAGGCAUCCAUGAUCCAAGAACACGGCCCUGAAGACACUGAAGGUGACCACUCGAACCCUCCCAGGAGAGCAGGUGCCCACAGGGCCCAGGAGGACCACGAAGAAGAGUUCGACUUUGGAGACAUAUUCGUGCAUCAAGCCAUCCACACGAUCGAGUACUGCCUGGGCUGCAUCUCAAACACAGCCUCUUACCUCCGGCUCUGGGCCCUCAGCCUGGCUCAUGCGGAACUAUCCGAAGUGCUCUGGACCAUGGUGAUGAGUAUCGGCCUUCGCCUGCGAGGCUGGGGAGGACUCAUCGGGGUCUUUAUCAUUUUUGCUGUAUUUGCUGUUCUGACGGUAGCCAUCCUCCUGAUCAUGGAGGGGCUGUCUGCCUUCCUGCACGCCCUGCGGCUGCACUGGGUGGAGUUCCAGAACAAGUUCUACACUGGGGCUGGGUACAAGUUUUCUCCGUUCUCCUUUAAAAACAUCCUGGAUGGGACCGCCGAGGAGUAG